GAAGGUGUCUCACUCAGAAUGCGAUAAUUUGACGUUGUUUUUUAACUCAAUUCAAUUAUCAAAUAUACAAAUUCUUUACUCGUUAACUUUCUUAUUCCGAGAAUCAAAUGGCGAAGUAUGUAGGAUAUAACCGAUGGAACACAUAUUUCAUUCACCUGCUGUUCUUCUACAUUAAUUUAUUUCUGGCGGACGGACAGCCGUUUGGAAGUGCGUGUGGUUCUAGAGCAAAUGCUUAUUACGAAGAACACUGUUACUAUGUUGGACGAUCAAAGACUGACUGGUAUAAAGCAAAGACGGCCUGUAUUGAAUCAAGGGCUAGUGACAUAAUAGUAAUUAGUAACCAGAACGAAAAUGACAAGCUCCUUCAUUACGGUUGGUAUGGCAGAUAUACUGGCAAUACCACCGAAGUGUGGAUAGGGUACCGCUAUAAUACAUCAUCGGAGAUGUGGGAAUGGGACUCAGGCUCAGGAAACUCGACAUUUGAAAAUUGGAAGGACGGCGAACCCACAUUAACUAAUGGUCACUGUGCGGCUCUUGACGCAGAAACCGGUCUAUGGAGUGCACGCAGUUGUAACGAGAGUAUAAGAUAUGUCUGCGAAAAUCAUUACUUAUACUUAUUGGAAAAUAAAGUUGAAGUUGAUGUUGAAGUAGAAUCAUAA